AUGGUUAGCUUCGAAGUGCGCCAAAGAAGGACUUCAAUCGUUUUUGUGCUUUCAAUAAUUCUCGUCACCGUUACGAAUGUCAACUCAUGUAAUGGUGGCAUACCUGGCCCAGGCCAGGGUAGCACAAUCACCGUCGAACUCUCGGUGUUUCCUCAGCUCUUAUGGUUCUAUCCGGGUCAAAACGUUCAAGGUGCUAGUGGAAUAUCGACUAACCAACAGAACGCUGCAAAAGCGGUCAGAAAAACAGUCACGGAUAUUCUCACCUAUGCAGCUAAUUGGGCAUCACUUUCUCGAAGAAGUAUAGGGUCAGUGACGAUACCAGAAUUCACGGAUGAACUUACUGGGAAUGAUUGUGUCGUAUCACAAUCUUUAUACGCCUACCAAAAAUGUACGAUCGGUAAAGCUGGAACUUCUGCCAUAUGUGGUGUGAAUUUUGCUCAGUGUCAACCAACAGAAAAGCAGGGUACGUUCACAGCUGAACUGACUGUAGUCUUGAUGGAUUGGCAAAUAGAAAGUUUGAAGAAGGGCAUAACGAUUGGUAUGCAGCAGUUCAAUGUUCAAAAUAUUGGACCGGCAACCAUUACUAUCACAUAA